UAUCAAUCAGAAUGCUGCAAAAAGCAGCUCAUUUAUUGUUGUCACUCUCAUGACCUUAUGAAACGGUGUAUUCACGUAACUAGGACUUACAUUACUGCAUUUAUCAGUCAAACGACUAAAAUGAACAUCUCAAAUUUAAGACAGAGGAAUAUUAGUGUCAGUGUAUGUGGUGGGUCACAAAUUCGAAUCCGAAGGUCCCAGUCGCCACAAGGAAGGAUAAAUUUGUCAUAUUUUCGUUAUGGAUCUGUAUCGCCACCACGAAAAAGUGAAUGCAAUUCUAAGGACGGUACAGAAUCUCAAAUAAGUUGUAUACGACGUCGACAUAGCUUAGUGAUACAGAGAAAAUCACCAAGCCCCGUUACUAAUUCAUACAACCGAAAUUGCAUAUAUCAACAAAAUAAACCCACCCCUACAAUUGGACUCGAAACAGACAUAAAUGUGACGCGUACAAAAAAUUUGCAGAUUGUAAAUAGCCAAUACGAAAAAUCAAUUCGCCAUACAACUCUCACCCCACAUGCUAAUGGCAAUGCAGUAAUGAUUGGCGCAACUAACUCAGCUUCCAAUGGAACAUCAGACAGAAAGUUGUUAAGAUAUGACUCAUUUAAUUUAAAUUCAGUCUCGCCAUUAGGCCGGAUUGGAGAGCCAGGGUUAUACGACCUUGGCAUACCGGUCGAUAGCAGUUCAGUCUCUCUCUCCACUAGUCAGACUGACAAUUCUAGCCUUAGUUUUUCUGCCCUACCAUGUUUGUCUAUAACUACACAAGCUAGUGUUCGUUGUCCUGUCUCAAAUUCACAUUCAUUUUCUAUUUCCAUUAACCCUACCGCUGCUUUAUUAUUGAACGGAAAUGAUGGCAGUUCUUAUUCAUUUUGUCCCAAAUCGACUAUUGAACAGACUACAAUACCAAAUUUACGAAAUGAAAAUGUUACUUUAAACGACCUGCCACCGCUACCUCAUCCAGACACUAGUUGUGUUAAAAAAGGUGGUGUUACUGUGGUGCGUAUUUCUACUACAAAUCCAAUAAAAUUUACCAACUUACGUCCUAGGACUCCUACUAACUUCAUCAGCAUCCGAAAUCCUUCAAAAUUUUUACAUUCCUCUGGUUCAUAUGAAAACUUACUGUCUAAUGGAGCCCAGCGUUUCAGCGUGAUCGACCAAAAUCCUGAACGUACUAAGCUUCGAUAUCGGAGUGUCUUAACAAACGCCUUAUCUCCUAAUUUGUCUCAGCGGUUUUUCCAUUCCUCCUGUGAACAUUACGUCAAAGCAAUGCCCAAUGCUCAGUCGAUGGGGAUCGAAGACAUAAAAACUAAUUGUGCCCCACAGGCUCGAUUAGCAAAGUCCACCAUGAUUCAUAGCACUUCCGACUUCAGGACCCAAGGAGGAAAUAAUGAUUUGAGAACUCUGCUAAACUCUCAAACCCCACGAAAUAAUAACUCACCUGUACACCGGAAUAUUUUACCUACUGAGAAUAAAAUUUCAGGAUCUAAUACUUCAGAUCAAUUGAAAAAUAUUCGGUCUAGUUUUUCUGGAACUAAUAACCAAAAUUAUUUUCGGAUACAAAUUCCUAGCACACGUGCAAUAUCUCGACCUAAAGGUUUCGCAAUGACGGAUAGUUUAAAAUUAUACGAAGAACAAAUCUUUAGUCAUUGUCAACCUUCCCAGCGUCCUCAGUCAUGGUGUCUGGAUUUCGAUCAACCACGAGAUGAAAAUAACUCAGUAGAUGAUUCUCACUCUGGCUCUCCAGCUUCUACUGUGUCUUCAUCUUUCUCUUCCUCCUCCUCUUCAGAUACAUCUCAAUUACUAUCUCAGAAUCAUACGGAUCUCAGAAGGAUAAGAAAUGUUCCUUAUUAUACUCCACCUGUGCAUCCACGAAACCUUUCAAGGUAUUAUCAUCAAAAUGCUCCGGUUGUUACUUCUUCUACUGGACUCAUCGUUACUGAAGCUACAACUCCUACAAGUGGUGCACCGAUUGGUUGUCAUUUAGCGGAAUUAACCAAAGCAAGUAGUCGAAGUCAGGAGUGUCAUAAUAACAAUGAUUGUGCACUUGUGAAGUCAGCUAAUGAAGUUGUUUCUUCAAAUGAAUUAAUUAAUAAUUAUCUCAACACACAAAAUUCUCAUUUCAAUCAUUCUGAUACUAUAUAUUCCAAUUCUCAAUCAGAGUCAAUUCAAACUAAUUCCAGUUAUGAUACAGUACGUCCAAUUAAUGUAUCACCAGCUAGACUAAAAUCGAACUUUUUACUAAGUCGACCAAGUUUACCACUGGAAACUAAUUUAAACGAUAAUCAAACUUCUCAUGUUCACUAUCCACGUCAUCGUUCAUGUGAAGAAAAUUAUUCACAGCCUACUUCUGACUGUACAAAGGUAUCACCGAUUACAGGAUCAUCUCAAUUUACUGCAGACAAUAGUAAUAAUAAUAAUAAUAAUAAUAAUAAUAAUAAUAAUAAUAAUAAUGUUCAAGAGCACUUCUCUCCUUCACGGUUUACACCAUCACCUAUCAAUUUCUCUUCAUCUGUUAGUGAUCGUUCAGACAAUAAUGGUAUUGUAUUACCAUCACCUUUACUAGACAAUCAUCAAGGUGUAAUCACUUCUCCUAUUAUAGCUCCAUCUACAACUACUUCUUCUAAUAAUUCAGAUGUUGAUCCAAAUUAUCGAAAAGAUGAAUAUCAACAAAAUAGUAGAUCAAUCUCUCCAACAUGUGGUAAUUCUCUUUUAUUACCUCCACCUGUUCCAUGGAAUUUGGAUUUAUCAUCAUCUGAAGCAAAUGAAACAACACCAAGUUUAUUUGUUAAUAAUAGUAAUCAUAUAAUUUCAAAUGAAAAUCAUUAUAGAAUGAAAAUUGAAACUGGAUAUCAAUGUGAUCAUGAUACACAUCAACAUGUUUGUAAAAAUGUCAAUAAUAAUCAGUCUAGAUGUCAAAGUAAAGAUUCACUUCUUUCAGAUGAUAUAAACUUUUUAAAUAAUUCAUGCAAUACUAAUCAUCAUCAUCAUCAACAUCAUCAUCAUUAUCAUAAUUAUGAUAAUAAACCAUUUGGAUUAUCACCAACACAUCAUUUAGAUUUUGACAGUUUUGGAAUUACUGAAAUGUCUGAUAGUAAUAAUACAUAUGCAUUCAGUACAUUAGAUUCAGAUUGUCUUGCAUGGAUGCGUUUAAGUGUACGUGAUGUGACAAAUAAAUUUUCGGAAGAUUUGAAUAUUUCACCAGAAUUAGAAUUACCCGAUUUGGAUACAUUAUCUCGGCCAUGUGUUCAUCAUUGGGUAGAUAUAUUCAAUUCAAAUCCUUUAGGAUUACGACUAAAUUUUGUGGAUGAUUCUUGUCGACUUGCUGGUACUUUACGCAUUUAUAUCAAUCUUAUUAAACCGGUGAAAAUGUCUUUAAGACGUACAUUGGAUAUGUUUCCGUCAAGUGCAACAUCAUCACUCGAACAAAAUAGUCCGACUGAAUUGAAUUCGAAUGGAAAUGGGAAUGAUAAUAAUGCUAUACCAACACCACCACGUUUAGUUUCAUUUUUCCUACCAAGAGGUACUUCAAAAGUAGUCUAUAUAACCAGCUCUACAACUUCAGCUAAUGCUAUUCAAUCGUUGUUAGAUCGAUUUCAUAUACAAGAAUCUGCUCGUAAAUUUGCCUUGUACGAACAUACUUUGGAGAAUAGUUCAAUAAGUGCUCGAAAACUUUCUACAACUGAAUGUCCUCUUUUAUUAUUAUUAAACUGGGUACGUAUAAGUACAAAUCGUGAACAAUUCUUAGAGUUAUUAAAACAAAAACGUAUUGUACUACAAGAAAAUGAUGCUUGUGAUAUUGAAUGGAAAGAUUUUACAACAGCAGAAUUAACAAAUUUCUUACGUAUACUUGAUAAAGAAGAAUGUGAAUAUCGUAAUGCUAUUUUAUAUCAAUAUAGUUUAUUGCGUAAUCAAUUAGAACAACGUAUGAAACAAUUAGUAAUUACCAAUCAUGUUCAUCAUCACCAUCCUCAUCAUCCUCAUCAUCAUCAUCAUUCUGAUCUUCAUAAUAUGAAUGAAUCCAAUGAAGUUGUUAUUGGUGGUGAUGACAAUAAUACUGCUGCUACUACUACUACUACCGCCACAAAUGAACCUAUGUAUUCAAGAUACUAUUCACAUUCACAUCCAUAUGCAUUUGAACAAACUGUUGAAGAUAAUCAUUCACCCAUUGAACAUUGUGAUUGCCGUUGUUCACAUUAACUCGUACUGCUGCGUGUGUGUGUCUGUGUGUAUGUGAUCAUUUAUGUGCACUUGUGGAUUAAUGAGAAUUACAGUUUGAAAAAAGAAACUAACAUCAACCGUAACAUUAGAUUCAGUAUUUUUAUUCAUUCUAUAUUCUCUAUCCUAUCCUUUAUGCUUUAAUGCCUCUCCCCUCACUGGAACUAUUGAAACUUUCUAAAAUUAGUACUAUCAACACAACAACUACUACUGCUGAUUUUGCUAACUGAUCAACUGUGUGUACUGUUAGUACUUACUAGUAGUAGAUAUCCCUAUUUAUUUAUGAUUGUUGUAGCUUUCACUUAUUCAAGCUGCUUUUUUAAAUAGUUUAUCUUUUUGUGUGUGUAAGUGAUUUGUGUUGCUUUAUCUCUUUCCACUUCUUAUGUAUUUCUAAUUUAAUUUGAAUUAGUUUUGAGUGUAUUCUUCUAUUUCUCUGAGUGUGUGUGUGUGGUUGAUUGAAGUUUUACACUGGUGUUUCUUUAUAAUUCUAUGGAUUAUGUUCAAUGUGUAUAAUGGUGACUAGUCGUGUCCUUGACCUUGACCCGGAUUCGUCGUCGUGACUUUUUUGGACUACUAUUCAAAUUGGUGCUUGUUACUAUUCAAAUUAUAUCAUUAUUAUUGUUAUGAGUAAUUAGAGAUUGUAAAUAAUUUAGCUUUCUUAGUUUCUUUCAUAAUUUCAUUGUUCUUCUCUCCCUGUGAAAACAUUUCCAAUGCGGAGGACAUUUAAUAUCCGUUUGAUUUUUAGUUUUCAGAACAAAAAAAUGCACAUCAUAAUGUGCUUCUUUACAUAUUUGUCUGUUCGUGUAUGCAUUUUUUCCACUGACAUAAAAAUAAGCGAUAAGUUUUCUGAUAUAUUUUGUAAACUGACGAAUCAUGCUUGUAAGUAAGUAGUAUAUGCGUGAAUCCUUCAUACAUUAGUUUUAUCUUGUUUAUUAAUUACUAACUUAUAUUGCAGGUUGAAAUUCACAAACAUAAGCAUUUCAAAUAUGUCCAAUCCCUUCCUUUUUUUUCAAUGGGAAAAGAAUAAUAUUGCACCCAUUAUAAAUGCAUACAUCUUCCUUCAUAUGUCACUGGCUUCAUCUUGUCCCCCUCUUCUUGAGAAUAUAUUGAAAUUUUUAUUUGUUUGUUGUGUUGAAAUUCUGUUUUAUUUCUUGAUUCCAUCUUGAAAAAAAUUUCUAGGAAGCAAAUAAAUCUUUCAUGAGACAAGUAUUUCUUUCUGAAUAUUUCUAUGAUAAAAUGUGAUUUUCAAUGUUUUUA